AUGUUUGAGUUCCUAAGCAAUUAUGCCAGAGAUGCCAAUGGCAGGCUGAGCAACACCAAGAGCUUGCUCUGUGGUCUUGGAGCUGGUGCCACAGAGGCCAUAGUGAUCGUCUGCCCCUUGGAAACCAUAAAGGUGAAAUUUAUCCAUAACCAGACAUCCGGAAAUGCCAGAUACCAAGGAUUCAUACAUGGGAUUCGAGAGAUUGUGCGGGAACAAGGCUUGCAAGGAAUCUAUCAGGGCCUCACAGCCACCAUUGUCAAGCAGGGAUCCAACCAGGCCAUCCGCUUCUUCACGAUGACCUCCCUCCGCAACUGGUACCAAGGUGACAAUUCACAGAAAAAGAUAAGCCCUUUCAUCACAGCCACCUUUGGCAUGGCCGCAGGAGCUGCUAGUGUCUUUGGCAACAACCCGGUCGACGUGGUGAAAACAAGGAUGCAGAGCCUGGAAGCUUACAAGUAUAAAAACACAAUUGACUGUAUCGCCCAGAUCUAUAAAAAUGAAGGCCUCAUAGCAUUUUACAAGGGAACCAUUCCACGCCUUAGCAGAGUCUGCCUGGAUGUGGCCAUUGUCUUUGUCCUGUACGAAGAAAUCAUCAAGUUUCUCAACCUGAUCUGGUGACCUGAGGCCUCGCCUGAGUGGAUGCCUGCACUGGAAAUGCCCCCUGCCCCUUGCCCAGGGGAAUCCCUGAGGCCGCCCAUGGUGAUGGGCGGCAGACCCGACCAUCCACCUCCGUUGGAGCCCCUUUGGUGGGCAUCCUGCAGGAGGACCCUGACCCAGCCAGAGGGCUUCUCCCCCAGCCCUCAGGCCAGCCCCCACCCCAGGCUCCUUUGUGUAUUUGUGUCAGCGGCAUGCUUGAGCUUCGUCCCCCCCUUCAGCUGGAAGAAGCGGGGGCCAAAGCCUCUUGUGCGAGACGCCAGCGCCCAGCGCUGUGAUAGACAAGGACAAGGGUCUGGGGGCGGGCAGUGAGAAGGAGGCAUCUGCAGGGGACUGAGUCCCCACGCCACAAUCUAUCUUGUUAGACCAGGGUGGCAGAGAAGAAGUGGGUCAGUGGUUCUUGGGGGGCAGGACAGGACCCACUGCCAUCUGACAGGGCAGAGCCUGCUGGGGGAUGCACCAGCAGCGCACUCUCGCCUCCCCAGGCUCAUUUGUUCUG